AUUUAAACAAUUGACUCUUCCUUGAAUGAAACAGCCAAUAAUUAUUAAUUUUAAAAAAAAGCAACAUUUCUUCAAAAAAAAAAGCAACAUAUCCCAAAAAAAAAAAUAAAAAAAUACUUGUAAAAAAAAGACAAAUGAACGAAUAAACAGUCGUAUUCAUCCGCCGAUACCAACACCAAUAGCCGCCAAUUCACCGCAACCCAGUCUUCUCACUUUCUCUCUCCUCCCUCACCAAGAAGUUGAAUUUUAAGAGUAUCAAUGUCGUGGCUUGUUAAGCAAGUUGUUAACAAUGGAAGUCUACAGUAUUCCUCGAGAAUUCGGGCUUUACAACAUGCUGCUAGGACUUUUGCAACUGCAGGAAAAGAGAUGACAGUCAGGGAUGCCCUAAAUUCUGCAUUAGAUGAAGAAAUGAGUGCAGAUCCUAAAGUCUUUGUGAUGGGUGAAGAGGUUGGUGAAUACCAAGGAGCCUACAAGAUAACCAAAGGGCUUUUGGACAAGUUUGGCCCAGAAAGGGUUAUUGAUACUCCAAUUACAGAGGCUGGCUUUGCUGGUAUUGGAGUUGGUGCAGCAUACAAAGGACUCAGACCUGUUGUAGAAUUUAUGACAUUUAACUUCUCGAUGCAGGCAAUUGAUCACAUUAUAAAUUCCGCUGCAAAAUCGAACUAUAUGUCAGCCAGUCAGAUAUCUGUACCCAUUGUUUUCAGAGGUCCAAAUGGUGCUGCUGCUGGAGUUGGUGCUCAACAUUCGCAGUGUUAUGCAGCGUGGUACGGUUCAUGCCCUGGUUUGAAGGUACUCUGUCCAUAUUCAUCAGAAGAUGCCCGAGGGUUGCUCAAAGCUGCCAUUAGGGAUCCAGACCCUGUUGUUUUUCUGGAAAAUGAGAUACUAUAUGGAGAAUCCUUUCCUGUUUCAGAAGAAGUUCUCGACCCCAAUUUCAUCCUUCCAAUUGGCAAAGCAAAGGUAGAACGACAAGGAAAGGACGUCACAAUAACAGCUUUCUCUAAGAUGGUGGGCUAUGCUCUGAAGGCAGCUGACAUUUUGGCAGAAGAAGGAAUAAGUGCCGAGGUGAUAAAUCUCCGUUCAAUUCGCCCUCUUGACAGACCCACUAUCAAUGAAUCUGUCAGGAAAACAAAUAGGCUGGUAACUCUUGAAGAGGGGUUUCCGCAGCAUGGAGUUGGUGCAGAAAUCUGUGCUUCAGUUGUUGAAGAUAGCUUUGCGUACCUAGAUGCACCAAUCGAAAGGAUUUGUGGUGCUGACGUUCCUAUGCCUUAUGCCCCAAAUCUUGAAAGGAUGGCCGUCCCACAGAUUGAGGAUAUUGUUCGAGCUGUCAAGCGAGCAUGCCACAGAUCAAAAUGAACUGCCGAAUACUGAAUCUCAAAUCAAUCUAUCAAUUUUAUCUAAUUUCACACAUUGAUAUUGAUGUAAUUUGUUAUUUUUGCCACUGGUGUGGCUGCUUUGGUCAAAAUUCGAGGGAUAACUUUGUGUCCGAAAUAAAAUUUUGUAACAUUAAUCUGCCCAAAAAUUUUCUGUGGUACCAACAAGAGCAAUAGCUAAUACAAAAAGGUUGCAAAGUAAUCAAAUCAAUGCAGCCUUAUUUUUCUUAGUCAAA